CUCCUUUUCUUUCACUUCUCCCUCCUAUGGCAGACAGCCCAUCUUUUCCUGUUAGUUCCACUUCCAACCCUCUCCUCCUAGCUUCCAUUCUCAAAUUCUUCUGUUUCUUAAUUCUCCCAUUCCAAACUUUUCCUCCUGCACCUUAGCAAAGUCUUGAGGGGCCCUGUGCAAGAAGUCUUUUCUUUUCAUACCUGUGCAUUCUGUAGGUGAAAAAGGCAAGAAUUUUUCUCACCUUUAUGUAACUGCCUUUCCCCCUUCUUGUUUCUGCAGCCAAAGGUAAUGCUAUUCCUGUUUUCAGGUUCUACAUUCCAAGAACUGACCCGUGUUAUUUCCAGAAACUUUCUACAAAACAAUGGACAGACUGUUGCAAGCUCCACCCAAAUUUCAUCCCUCAGAAUGGGACACUGCAGCCAGGAUGCAGUGUGCCAGUACAGAGUCUCUGAAAUCAAGAUCAGAGCGCAUGAUAGCUGAGAGUCAGAGGCUGCUGGAUGAAAUAGAAAAGACAACUCAGAAAACCCAAAGUGAUGUCAACAAGAAACUAGAGCAGAGACGGGAAGAAAUAAAAUUCUGGAAGCAAGAAUUAAGUAACAAACUUGAAGAAGUUGUGCAUGAGACAGAGUUACUGUUAACAUUCAAGACUCGCCUGGAGAAAUCAUUGGAGAGCUGCAAAGAGCCACUUGUCAUUGCCCAAAAAUGUCUCCUGAACAGACUAAACCGUUCAGCAAAAUAUAACCUGGAAAUGGAUCUGAAGGACAAGUUCACAGCUUUGAUGAUUGAUGACUACUGUACUAGCUUGACAAACAACACUCCUGAUACCAGAUACAUGAAUAAUGCAGCGAGAAUAGAAGGAAAUUUUGUUAGCCCUGAAGACUGGAUAGAUUUCUCAAAUAUAAAUGUUGAAAAGGCUGACAAGCAGCGAAACAAUUCUUUGGCAUUAAGGGUGCUUAUUGAUGGCAUCCUCUCACAGACAGCGAAUGACGUACACAAGCAAUGUGAGAUGGUGAAUGCUGCGUUUAGAAAUAGGGUGAAGGAAGUCAAGGAUGCCAAGCACAAGCUAGAGACACUCCUUGCAAUGGUGAUGGAUGAGACUGCCUCACAGGAGAAGAACAUUGCAGCCUUAAAGCAAGCAAUUGCUGAUAAAGAAGGACCUGUUAAAGUGGCUCAAACCCGCUUGGAAGCAAGAAACCAUCGCCCCAAUGUGGAAUUCUGUUAUGACACAGUGCAAUACAGGCUGAUAAGUGAAGUUGAAGAAAUUACAAGAAAUAUUCAAAGGUUACAGGAUGCACUAGGAGAGGCUGAGACAGAGCUGAAAGCUCUGAGCCGACAACAGCUUUCCUUGGAGGAGGAGAUCCAGGUGAAGGAGAAUACAUUGUAUAUCGACGAAGUGCUCUGCAUGCAAAUGAGGGAGUCUGUUAACAUUAACAACUUCUGAAGCCAUCACACUGGGAGAUUGUGUGUUCUCCAGUGAGUCAUUUCCUGCUGAAAUUUUAUUGACAAACCUCCAGAUUUAUUGGUUUGGCUCAAUGCUGUCCUGGUUCUAGUUGUGCAAGAUAAUUAAAACACAUCUAGUACUUACAGCUCUCUGUUUUACAGCUAUCUAUCUAUGCUCUAGAGCACCUGAUGAAAUCUCCCACUUGGUAAUAAAAUCCCAGAAUCAAUGUCCCUUCUGCCAUGUUA